GUUACAUGAUGCUCAAGGCACCAAGAAAAUCUUUACACUUGAGCUAUUAGUUGCUACUUUUGUAAUCCAAAAAAGAUACUGUAAAAAUGGCAACUGCCAGAUCUUUUUUCGUUUUACUUUUUUUGGUAUUAACAACUACAGCAUCCCCUGAGGUGGGACAAAUGGUGACAGUUCUUAGCAUUGAUGGAGGUGGCAUUAGAGGAAUCAUUCCUGCUACUGUUCUUGCUUUUCUUGAAGGCCAGCUCCAGGAAUUGGACAACGAUAAAAAUGCAAGACUUGCAGAUUACUUUGAUAUGGUUGCGGGAACAAGUACCGGUGGCAUAUUGGCCACUAUGAUAACUGCACCAAAUGAAAAUCAUCGGCCCUUCUCUGCUGCCAAAGAUAUUGUAUCCUUUUACUUGGAGCAUGGCCCAAAGAUUUUCCCACCUGGUGCCUAUCCUCCAAUUCUUGGCCCCAAAUAUGAUGGAAAAUAUUUCCACAAAGUUCUGCAAGAUAAGUUGGGAGAGACUCGUUUGCAUCAGGCUUUAACAGAUGUUGUCAUUCCAACUUUUGACAUCAAGAAGUUUCAGCCAAUAAUAUUCUCAAAGUCAAAGUUGGCAAAUUCUCCUUAUUUGGAUGCUAAGAUGUCUGACAUAGCCUACGGCACGGCAGCAGCUCCAACUUAUUUGCCUCCACAUUACUUUGUGACUGAUGAUGGUCAAGGAAAUCAGUAUGAGUUCAAUCUUGUUGAUGGUGCUAUCGCUGCUGGUAAUCCGGCCUUAAUUGCCCUUAGCACAGCAACCAAACGUGCAACAGAAGCGGAUGCAAAAUACGCCUCUAUCAAGGCAAUGAACUACAAACAUAUUUUGUUGCUCUCAUUAGGCACUGGCAAUACUGAUGAUUUUCGUAAGACAUUCACUGCACAAGAGGCAGCUAGAUGGGGUGCUGUUGAUUGGCUAACUCAUAAUAAUUCCAACCCUUUACUACAAAGUACAUCUGCAGCAAGUUCGUACAUGAAUGAUUAUUACAUUGCUACUAUGUUUCACGCUCUUGGUGCUCAAAAGAAUUACCUCAGGAUUCAGGAAAAAGCGCUAACAGGCUCAACUACCGUAAUGGAUGAUGCGUCAGAGGCUAAUAUGAAAUUACUGGUACAAGUUGGUGAAAACUUGUUGAAGAAACCAGUCUCCAAAGAGAAUUCUGAAACCGUUGAAGAAGCUCUAAAGAGGUUUGCGAGGUUGCUCUCAGAAAGGAAGAAACACCAAGUAAGCAAAGCGUCUCAAUAAUGCAAGGUCUCAGGUUUUAUUAGUACUUACUGUGCUAAGAAUAAGCGCUUGCAAAGUUUGUAUUAUGCGCAUGCAUUAGCCCCUCAGAUCUUGUGUUUUUUUAGAAUUAUUUAAGUUUUUCAACCUCAAAAAGGAGAGGGAUAAAUUUCGAUAGAAAUGUCCCUCUAUGUCCUUCUCGUUUUGUUAAAUAGACAAAUAAAUUAUCCUUCCAUGCAAAAGUAAAAA